AUGAAACUGUUCAUUGUAGCCGCUAUACUUGGUGUCUGCUCUGCAGCCCGCCUUGAUAAUGCCUACCUCCCUCCUAGAGGAGGAGCAGGUGCAGGCUAUGGCGCUGGUAAUGGACCUGCUGGUUUCGGGUCUGGCAUAGGUAGAGGUGCCAAUGGUGGUGCCUUUGGAGGCAGUGGAGCCUCCGGUUUUGGAGGAUCUGGGUCUGGUUUUGGGGGUGCUGGAUCAGGUUUUGGAGGAGCGGGGGCUGGAGCUGGAGCCGGAAACUACCAAGGUAGUUAUCAAGCAGGAGGCAGGAGCAACUCUGCUGACGCUAACGCCCAAAUCCUCAGAUUAAACAGCGAAGUAACUGCUGAAGGCUUUUCUUACGAUUUCGAAACAUCUAACGGAAUAAGAGCCGAUGCAUCUGGAGUAGCUACCAAUGGUGUACAAUCUCAAGGCAGCUUUUCGUACAAAGGCGACGAUGGCCAAGAUUACAGCAUUCAGUAUACCGCUGACGAAAAUGGUUACCAACCUUCUGGCGCUCACUUGCCCACCCCACCCCCAAUUCCCGAAGCUAUCCUGAAAUCCUUGGAGCAAAACGCCCGUGAUGAAGCUGCUGGCAUCAUUGAUGAUGGCUCAUACCGCGGUGAAGGCGCUGGUGCUGGAGGUGCCGGUGGUUACUCCGGUCAAGGAGGAUACUCCGGUCAAGGAGGAAACUCUGGAUCUUCAAACCAAUAUGGCGCUCCUGCUCGUGGUUUCGGAGGCUCUGCUGGUGCUGGAUCCGGUUUCGGUGGUUCAGCUGGUUCCGGUUCCGCUUUUGGUGGCUCAGCUGGUUCCGGUUUUGGUGGCUCAGCUGGUUCCGGUUCCGGUUUUGGUGGCUCAGCUGGUUCUGGUUCCGGUUUCGGUGGUUCUAGAGGCUCCGCUUCUGGUUUUGGAGGUGCUGCCUCUCGCCAAUACCUCACCCCUAACGCUGGCCUACGCGCUAAUGGCAACGGCAACUUCAACUCACAAUCCGGAUACCGUUAU